AUGGAUUUGCUUCCAGCCAUGCUCUUACAGCAGAAGUUGGAGUAUUACCUGCACCACCCCCGUCUACUUGUCCCUGAAGUGCGCAAGGAGUUCGAGUAUAUCAUACGCAGUUUAAGUUACACGAACGUGAAUCUUAGAGAUCAGGAUGUAAGAGCCUGGAGAAAAGCACUUAAGGAUUUGGAAGACAAGGUCGAUUAUAUUAUGAUAUUAAUCCUGAGCCUGAGAUCACCAAUGUUGGGGUUCGGCCACCAUCAGCUUAUUCUCUUCAUAUUCCAAAGAAAUUUAAAGAAGCAAUUGAAGGAAUUGCCUGGGUUAGGUGAAGAAAUCCAAAAAAUUCAGACAAACGGCAGUCCAUCUGUUCCAGAUAAUGCCUCUGAGAGUACUCAAGCCGAAGAACAGAGCUCCUCAACCUCGUUGGGUUCUAUAAAAUAUGGAGUAAGGCCAUCAGCGUAUGAUAUGACGACUGGGACAAAUGCAACGCUUAUCCAUGCUGAUGUUGUGAAUAGGAUUGAGGAUUUGUUGCUGAAUUAUGGAGACAAAAAAUUCAAAGUGAUUGGUGUGAUUGAGAGAAAGGGUAUUGGGAAGAGCAGACUGGUUACUUAUGUCUACCAGAAUGAGGAAGUAAAGAAAUUUUUCGACUGUUAUGCUUGGAUUUCAAACCCUUUGUCUUCCCAACCUGAGAAUAUCCUUCGGGAGAUGUUACGCCAAUUCUACUUUGGAUCCCCUCCCUACACAUUGGAGACGAUGGAUCAAAAAACCUUACUAUCAGCAAUCAAUAAAUGCUUGGUUAAGAAGCGAUUCUUAUUGGUUCUUGACGGUGUUUCAGACUCUAAAAUAUGGGGGAGUGUUAUCUUACCUGCUUUCCCCUUUGGUGGUCAAGUUGCUCCACUUGGACCGAUCGUUUUCACAAGUAGUUUCAACCAUGGUAGGAUCGUUUUCACAAGUAAUUUCCCACAUCGCAGGAACUUCGACGCUAAGGUGAACCAAGUUUAUGUCCAAAUCCACCUCAAGGCCUUGAUGCAAGAGGAAACAAGAUGGGAUCUUUUCUGCCAACUGGUGUUUACAGACACAGAGCCUCCCGGGAGUUGUCCACUGGAGCUAGAAGGGAUUGCAAGAAGGAUCACCGAAAAAUCAGGUGGUCUGCCUUUUGUGAUCCGGCUGCUUGCUGGGUUAAGUAUCUUCCCCAAAGACAUUGAGAUUCCAUUGGAGAGGGUCAUUCGGUUAUGGGUAGCUGAAGGCUUGGUGGAGGAAAAUUCAAAGAGAACAGCAAUAGAGACUUCCAUGGCCUACUUACAAGAGCUCAUCAACAGGGAAUUGAUUCAACCGGGACAUGUUGAUGUUAAAGGAGAUCUGAAAUCUUGUAAGUUUGAUGAUCAGAUUCGCAGAGUAGCGCUUGAUAUCAUUGGAUCCAAUGUGCGAGUCUUGGUUCAAGCCACAGACAAUGGAUCAUCUCGAAUUGCAGCAGGUAUCCCAAGUUUGCGUCUCCUUUCCAUUCAGGGUAAGGGCAUUGAAGAAAUAGCAUCAGAUAAAAAUGAUGCUCCAUGCAUACGCUCUUGCAUUAUCUCUGGAAUAAGUAAGUUACCAUCCUCAAUUAUGCGUCGAUUUCAACUCUUACGAGUGUUGGACUUGGAUCUCGAUGGCUCAGAUAUCAAAACCUUGCCAAACAGUUUGAGUACUCUAGUACUUCUAGUAUAUCUAAGACUGAAGGGCUCAAGCCUCAAGGAGGUUCCUGCCUCUGUUCUGAAGAAUCUGAUCCGUUUGAGAUACCUGGGGUUGAGGAGAACUGGAAUUAGAGAGCUUCCUGCUUCCUUGUUACAGUUAAAUGAGCUACACACCUUGGAUGUAAGAGAGACAAAACUGAGGACACUGCCCCAUUGCGUGUCCCGACUUCCUCAACUGCGGCACAUAUAUCUCUGUAGUUCUUUUAGAAGAGAAGUUGUGGAGAUGCCACUAGGAAAGGAGACAGCAGAAGAACGAUUACUCGAACUCCAAACACUUGCAGGUGUGAGAGCUACUACUGACUUGAUAGAGGAACUAGGAAGAUGGACCCAACUCCGAAAACUUUCCAUUGGAAGAGUAGCAGAAGCUGAUUCUGAAAAGUUUUGUGAUUCCAUCGACAAGAUGAACUUCCUCCGAUCACUAUCUAUAAGAUGUGAGAUAAAUGAGACCCUACAUAUGGGAUCUUUGGCGCGCUCCAUGACCAAUCUCGAUACAUUAAGAAUUGGUGGUUCGGUUGAGGCCUUAAACUCUGCUAUAAAUUGCUUCCAAAACCGCUGUUGCUUAUUCUUGUGGGAUAAUCUAUUCACAGAUGAUCCUCUUCCAAUGCUACAACGUGUUCCUAAGCUCAUGGUCCUCAGCCUGGCUAAUAGUACUUUCCAAGUAAAGGAAAUAAGCUGUGAUACUGAUGGUUUCCCCGAGCUAAAGACACUGUCCAUUUUCCAGCUGAGAAAUCUAGAGAAUUGGAAAAUAAAUGGACUGCAAAAGCUCGAGUAUCUUUCCUUUGGGCAUUGUCCGGAUUUGAAAGAGCCGCCUCAAAACCUUGAAAAACUCCUUAAACUCCAACUUGUGAAGGUUGCAGGAAUGGAUGAAAAAUUCAAUGAGAAGAUGGAAAAGAUUGGCAAAGAUUCCAAAUAUUCUUUCAAGGUCCGCAGCAUUCCAUUAUUCAAGCAUGAUUUCGGAGCCACCGAGCAAAAGCACAUGACAAAGCAUGAAGAAGUUUCAGAGGCUUCUGCGGCAGAGUCUUAG